AUGGUCACCCUGCCCGCCGACAAGGGGCGCUCUACUGUCGUCAUGGAUAGGGCUGAGUACUUCAAAAAACUAGACAACCUCUUGAUGGACGAGGAAGCUUAUGCGCCAUCGACUGUCAGCGAGUUCAAAAAGCUCGUUUACAGCAUAAACAAGACGAUCGGCCGGCUGAGGAAGGCGGGCACUCUUACUAGAAGGGAAGCGCUGGCCGCAAAAGCCAGUGAUGCCGCAAUGGCGCGCUUCUACGGCUUACCAAAGGUCCACAAGCCGGGAGUGCCGCUACGCCCCAUCGUCUUCUUACGUGGUACUCCAAACUUUGGGCUGUCAAAGUGGCUGUACCAGCGACUUCCUUUCCUUACCAAGGAUUCAGAGUGGACAGUGAAGUCGGCUGAAGAGUUUUUGGCACGCAUCAAACGUCUGGAAUUGGAGGCAGAUGAGGUGAUGGUGCUUUUUGACGUGAUCUCAUUGUUCACCUCCAUCCCACCCGCGCUGGCUAUCGACACUAUUGACGGUUUUCUCCAGGAAAAGUAUGAUGAGACCGAUCAACAGCUCAAACGGGUUCACAUCAUCGAGCUUCUAGAACUAUGUCUUAAGACGUUCUUUACAUUCAACGGCCAGGUCUACGAGCAAAAGAAGAGGACACCAAUGGGCUCGCCUCUAUCUGGAUUAAUUGCCGAAGCGGUUUUGCAGAGGCUUGAGCGGCUGGUCUUCAGCUCGUACCCCCCAAAAUUCUGGGCCAGAUACGUCGACGACACUUUCGUUAUCAUUAAAAGGGGCGAUGUGCAGACUUUCAAGGCACUAUUGAAAUAA